ACUUCCGGCCCGCGAGUUCCAGGACCGGAAGUCGCCGCGCGGGGGCGGAGUCGAAGCGCGUGGGGGCGGGGCUUGCCCAGAGCGACUGGGGAGGCUGCGGACCGCUGCCUGAGCAGGGGACAGAGAUGGCCGGCCGGCAAGGGGAAAGCCUGCCGGGGCGAGAAGCGCAAGUAGUCACAAGUUUACCAGGAGGGUGGUCGUCUGAUUACGCUGAUCUUUUCAGGAAGGGUCCGAGUUCACUCGACAAAGCAGGGGCAUUACGCGGGGAGAGCAUGCGCCAAGGUGGAACAGUUAAGGUGGUGGUUUAGGAGGGCGGGGCCCGCUCUGUGGGGUAUGUGCGGUCAGCGAUGAGUCGUCAGGACGUGAGGAGCCUUGAACGCCAAACCAAGAGCUGGGCUUUAUCCUGCAAACAAGGAAGGGACAGUGGAGGAGAAGCGGUGCCUUAGACCCGUUGGAGAAAAAGACCUCUCAAUGACUGAACUGGGCUAGGAGACACAAGAACCUCUCAGCUAGAGCCCUGGAAACGAACAGGACUUGAAGAGGUGACAUGGGAGUCCAGAGGAAGCCAGAUGAAAUAUGAAGAAUCUGAUAAUGGAGGUAGCAGUGUGGUAGCACCCCAACAGCAGCAUCUCGGCCCCAGGCUUCCUCCUCCAGAGCACCCAUCACCCAUCCCUUCUCUUAGCACCUCAGUGAGAGCUGCGCACCCACUGUAUGCUCCAGAUUUUCAGCCCUCUAAGGGUAUAAUUGGGGGCAGACUGGGCAGGGGGAGUGCUGCUCCUGCCCAAGAAAAAUCUUGAGUGAAGUUAUAUAAAGUGUGUCCCCGUGCUUCCAUGGCUUCCCUUGGGUCUGGGGGUUCUAAUAGCAACAUCCCACCACUGCUGGUGUCCUGGGCCUGAUAAAUCCCUUGUGCAAAUUUGCCCAGUCCUCCGGGGGGCUGGGGGUGGGGGAGGCUUUGGGGUAGCAUACAGAGCAGGGUACAGAGCACUUGAGAGGCAGAGCCACAGAUCGGGCCAGGGAGGAGGUGAGGGGACAGAAGGGUCUGGGACCAGAAGAACCAUGUCUCAGGGCUGCUGCCAAACACACUUUUCCAGGGCUGCACCUUUGGGCCAGGCCCUGUGCCUGCUAAAGCACUUAGAGGCUCUAGCCAGGCCUGAGCAGGGGGUGCUGGCACCACAGGCUUCAUGGGGCUCAGCCUCCACUCCUCCCAGAGUGCCCCUUCUCCACUCAGGCCAGACCCCACCAGCCUGGGGAGCAUCUCCCUCCUUCUAGCCUAAGCUGCAGGGCACUGGGAAGCCCUGUGUACCCACACAUAACACAGCUGACCUCACUCCUGCCCAGGGUGAUGCCAAGUGGUCCUCCCAGGCUCCCCUGGGCAGGAACCAUGAUCCACAGGGAUGUAUUCUCAAGGCGUGGCCCCAAGAGGUAUCCAGUAAACCCCUACGGCUAGAAGGCCUUCCCUUCCAUGCACACCCACCCAGGGGCACUGCCUGAGUGCCCCAGGGGACGAAGUGACCUCCUCCUCUGGAAAACUUCCAAAGGAUCUGGACCCAGAGGCCCAGAAGAGGGGGAGAAAGACAAACGUGCUUCCAUGAAGUUCUCUCAGGCCAGGGAGGUCCAGCUGUCCCAGGGCCACUGAGGUGCAGACUGAGUGCACAAUGAGGACCCACUGUUGACCAGCACCAAGGAGGGAAGGAAAAUGGCCUCCAGGACCUGGGGAGCCUGCUAGGGCCCUGCAGCAGCCUGUGGGAAAAUUCCUUGAGUCAACUGUAUCUGUCUUUUAUUUAUGAGUUUUCCUCCAGGAAGCCCUCCCAGACCACCAUCCAAGUCCUGCUAGCUGCUUGGUCUUGAACCCUGGGCAGGACCCACCCCUUCUUGGCAGCUCAUCUUGGACCAAUCACUCCUCUGUUAAAUGGGAGCCUGAGAUCUGGGUGGGAUAAAAUUAACCGAAACCUGCUAAUUGUGGCUGCCCUCAGCACGCUCCCCUCCCCCAUCGCGUAUUUCUGCCUCCCCUCCCCUCCCCCUUCCAUCCGAAUGAUAAAGGGCUUGGCCCGCCAGCCCCCGCCUGGCCUCAGGUCCCAGCUCUGCCUCCCCACACUACCACACUACUCCGUGCCCAGCACCCUCUGCCCGUCUGGGCCCCUGCCCACGUUUCCUGCUUCCCCUGCAUGGGGCCCUGCAGCAACCCCCGCCUGGGGCUCCCCGAGGGGGAUUCACCCUCCCAGCCCCCCAAAAGGAGGAAGAAGAGAUACCUGCGGCAUGACAAGCCCCCCUACACCUACUUGGCCAUGAUCGCCCUUGUGAUCCAGGCUGCACCCUCCCGCAGGCUGAAGCUGGCCCAGAUCAUCCGUCAGGUCCAGGCCGCGUUCCCCUUCUUCAGGGACGAUUACGAAGGCUGGAAAGACUCCAUCCGCCACAACCUCUCCUCCAACCGGUGCUUCCGCAAGGUGCCCAAGGAUCCCGCGAAGCCCCAGGCCAAGGGCAACUUCUGGGCGGUCGAUGUGAGCCUGAUCCCGGCCGAGGCGCUGCGGCUGCAGAACACGGCCCUGUGCCGGCGCUGGCAGAGCAGGGGCGCGAGGGGAGCCUUCGCCAAGGACCUCGGCCCCUACGUGCUGCACGGCCGGCCCUACCAGCCGCCCAGUCCCCAGUCGCCGCCCUGCGAGGACUUCAGCAUCAAGUCUCUGCUAGGGGGCUCCGGGGAGGGGACGCCGCGGAGCAGCCCCAGUCGGUCAGGCUCAGAGCGCUCAGGGGAGGGAGAGGUACCUGCUGCACUCCCGCCCUCUGAGAAGCCUCUGUGGCCCGUCUGCCCCCGCCCAAGGCCCAUCAGGGAAGAGGGGAAGACUUCCCAGGGGGAAAACAGCAGACCCUCCGUCCUGUCCCCUGAGCCCAGGGCCUGGCCUCUCCACUUACUGCAGGGCACCCCAGACCCCGGGGUUCUCUCUGGUGGAGGUCACAGGGCCUCGCUGUGGGGGCAGCUGCCCACCUCCUACUUGCCCAUUUACACUCCCAACGUGGUGAUGCCUUUGGCCCCACUGCCACCCACCUCCUGCCCCCGGUGCCCUCCCUCCACCAGCACAGGCUAUUGGGGGGUGGCCCCAGAAACCCAUGGCCCCACAAGGCUGCUCUGGGAUCUAGAUGCUCUCUUCCAGGGGGUGCCACCCAACAAAAGCAUCUAUGAUGUUUGGGUUAGCCACCCCCGAGACCUGGCUACCCCCACCCCAGGCUGGCUGCUCUCCUGGUAUGGCCUGUGAUGCUCCCAGGGCAGGGGCUGCUUUCCUCUGCCACCCUUAGGCUUGUUGAGGAGAAACCAAGGUCUGUGUGACUCUGGCAGCCUGAGACAGAGGCACCAACCACGCUGAGAGUCCACAUGU